UUCAUUCAUUUUAGUACCCUUUUCCGCCACUAGAGGGCUCCUGUGUCCUUUCGUUGCAGUCUGCGGGACCAAAGAAACCAUGGCGCUCUGGAAUAAGAAUUUGUGGUGUGUUUUAUCAAAGGUUGCUCACAAUGUGCCCGCAGCGUGUGCAGCUCCUUGCAACCGGUUAAUUCAUUCUUCACCACCGGCUUUCAUUCAAGCUGAAGUCUCAAAACCUGAGGGACGUACAACAUGCACCCUCAUUCCAGGAGAUGGUGUCGGCCCCGAGCUUGUACAUUCAGUUCAAGAAGUAUUCAAAGCUGCUGGUGUUCCUGUUGACUUUGAACCCUUCUUCUUUUCUGAAGUAAAUCCAACUCUCAGUGCCACCCUGGAUCAAGUCACCAACUCUAUUACUAAAAAUGGCAUUUGUCUGAAGGGUGUAUUGGCGUCACCUGACUACUCCAACGUUGGUGAGCUGCAGACACUGAACAUGAAGCUUCGGCGUACUCUUGAUCUGUAUGCUAAUGUUGUACAUGUGAAGUCUCUGCCGGGCGUUAAGAGCAGGCACCAAAACAUCGACACCAUCAUCAUCCGUGAGAUGACAGAGGGUGAAUACUCGGCUCUAGAGCAUGAGAGCGUCAAGGGUGUUGUUGAAUGCCUGAAGAUUGUGACAAGAGCUAAAUCUGAGAGGAUCGCUAAGUUUGCAUUUGAUUAUGCUACCAAGAACGGUCGUAAGAAGGUCACAGCUGUACACAAGGCCAACAUCAUGAAACUUGGUGAUGGCUUGUUUUUGAAGAGCUGUCGAGAUAUUGCUAAGUUGUACCCUAAAAUCGAGUUUGAGGCUAUGAUUGUGGACAAUUGUACCAUGCAGAUGGUGUCAAGCCCUCAUCAGUUUGAUGUAAUGGUGCUUCCUAAUUUGUAUGGUAACAUUUUGGAUAACCUGGCCUGUGGCCUGGUUGGUGGAGCUGGUGUUGUUGGUGGCGCCAGUUACAGCGCAGAGUGUGUGGUCUUUGAGCCUGGUGCACGGCACACAUUUGCCCAAGCUGUGGGCAAGAAUGUGGCAAACCCCACUGCCAUGCUGUUGUGUGCUGCCAAAAUGCUGAAUCAUGUUAAUCUACGCUUUUAUGGAGACAUGCUCCGAGGUUCUAUCGACAAGGUUCUGAAGGGUGGAAAGGUUCGUACCAAAGACUUGGGCGGGCAAGCUACUACCCAAGAAUUCACCUAUGCUAUUAUUAACAAUCUACGUUAAACCUAGCAUGAAGUGAUUAGGUUGAUAUUAUGUCCCACCUUGUAAAAUAUGACUUUUUGUUCAUAUUGUGACUCCAUUUUACUUUUUUCAAACAGUAUUGAAAUUUUAUUUAUUAGUAUUUAUUAAUUUGAUUCGAAUCCUCGCCUUUAUAAUGGAGUUUAAGUUUUAUCUUCCUAUAAGACACUUGCUGGCUAUGAAAUGAAACCUAAUACUUUGCUGUGCCUAGUCAAUUUCAGGCUUGCGCCUACCCGGUAUUGUGAUUUGUAUUUCAUUGGUUAAUUAAACUGUAGCGCUGUGCGCUUUAUGUAUGUCUUAUGUCAUUCAUUUUUUAUGGAGUGUUAUUGUUUGUUGUUGUAAGUGAAUGUACACAAACUUUACAUAUUGUCAUUAGAAAUGUUAUUAAAAACGAUUGAAGCAAUAAAAGCAGCAGCGCUCCUCUUGUUAA